GGCUGAUGGCUUAGUUAAUGAAUAUUCAUGCUCUGUCCGCCCGGCGAGGCCUCACCCCGCGUGUCUGCUGUUUGGCUCAUCGGAACAGAAUGUGAGAUGCAGUGAUGUAACAUCAGCCACUCUUUCACCAGAAGAAAAAUCAUAGAUUCACAGAGCAGCACAUUGCACGGUCAUUUGGAUCCGGUUACAACUGCAGUGGAAGAACUUGACAAACAGGUUGUGGAAACGCCUUUUGAGCACGAAACCACCUGCAUACAUAAAAGGCACACCCGUCUUCCGUCAAACUAGAAAGAACGAGAAGGGCUAACACUCAACAAGAGGGAAACACAAGAACCCUGCCCAACUACCAGCACAACUCGCCUGAUUUACAAGACAGCCAAUCCCCUACGCAGCAUCACAGACAAGCAACCGCUUCUCUUAAGCCGAUCAACCCAGAAUUAAAGCAGGGCAUUCACAGAGGAGAAAAGCUGUCCGGGGAAUUUGAGAAAAAAACAACUCAGAUCUUCGCUUUUACUACUGUUGCUACACGGAAAAGAGAUUCGCCAAAAAUGAUGAUGCAGCAGUCAGAGACACCCAACCAGAAGAACUCUCUCUUCAACGCCAUGAACCGCUUCAUCGGCGCAGUCAACAACAUGGACCAGACCGUAAUGGUGCCCAGUCUGCUGCGGGACGUCCCGUUGGAUGAGGACAGGGAGCUGAGCUCCAUGAAAUCAGACCUGGACGAGGGUGACAUGUACAGCUACUACCAGCUGCUGAAGUCCAUCCGCACGAACAUCGAGUGGGGGGUCAGGUGCGCUGCAGCCGACGAGAGACGGAAAGAGAGCAUGAAAAUCACCCGUGUGAACUCGUCCACAUCCAUCUCUUCUUCAGCAUCGUCAUCAUCCGAGGAGGAAGACGAGGAGGGUGAGGAUUUGGAGAAGCAGUUCCAGUUCCACCUUACCGGACUCCAAGGGGUCCUGGGCAAGCUCACACUGCAGGCCAACUCUCUUACCAAGCGCUACAAGCAGGAGAUUGGUAUCGGAGGAUGGGGCCAGUAAGCCUGCAACACAUUUGGAACGGGAGGCAAAUGAUGUGGCUGUCUGAACUGAACUAUCAAUAUUCUCUAUUGCUGCUGCUGCUGCUGUCACUACUGAUGAAAUUGAAUGGCAAACAUGUGGAUGGUAGUGGAAGGAGCAGCUUUUUUUCUGUGUAUAGGCCUACAUGGUGUCGGUCUACUCUGUGGUAUUAACUGUAUGUGUUGAUCCUGAAGAAAGCAUCUGUGUACUUAACACCAAACUUCGGUUUUUGCACUCCAAAGUGUUGUACAUAUCAUGUAUUCAGUGAAACACAGGUGAAAUAUAUAUUUAAACUUUUAUUUAAUGUAUUUAUUACCUCACUCUGUAUGUUUGAGAGCCUAAUGUUAUUUCAAAGUUGGAGAAGUGGACCGCAUGAACUACAUUGUCUGAACCACCCCUCUGACGGGGAAUAUUGACAAAAGAUUUUGCUUUCUCUUUGUAAAGCUGAUGAUGUCAGUGUGUCCAGAUGGAUCUGUCUGUGUAUGACCACGCUACUUCUAGUCUGAUGUGUCUGUGUCUUUAAAUUGUGCUUAAAGGAAGAAGGCAGAUGCUUACUCAUAGCUGCCAGUGAUCUCCUUGUGUCCUACAUGGUCAAUGAACUGGAAUCAACUUAUAAUUCUUCUGCAUAAAGAAUAAUGAGAGGUUUUUUCCACGAGAUGCAUUGUUGUCAUUGUCAUUUAUUUGCUAUUGUAAAGGCAUUAUUGGAGAUGUCCAUCUGUCAAAACAAGCAAAUGCUUUUGUACGCAGCUUCUGCAACGUUUUUGUACUGUUUUUAAAAUAAACUUUUUUAUGAACUGA